AUGGUCUUUUAUGGCAACAAGUUCACCGGGAACUGUGUGAUGAAUACCCAGGAGGGUAGGCGUUGUAGGAGGAAGGCACCCCUGCCUGUUGAUGAAGUCGAAGAAUGCUGGCAGCACCGACAACAGCCAGCCGAGGUCCAGCUGUGCUCUGCACAUAUCGGGCUUCAUGGGAAUGGUCGACGUUGCAGCCGGCGUGGACGUCACUCGCUAGACGAAAACGCCGUUGAACUCUACUGCACGCAACACGUCAACAAGUUGCAUCGCGAGAACGGUCGUGCGGAGGUCGUUCCUGCUAAUCGCCAACAGCAGGAUGAACAGCGUAGGAGGGCGGAGGAGCGUGAGCAACUCCACCCGAGACGAAGGUCACCGCGUCUGGUAGAGCGAGAGAUCGCAGCUGCCGCCGCUGUUCAACUCGCCGCUGAGAGAGAGCAACGUCGUGCCGCCAAUCGGGCAAACCAGAACCUGCGGAGGUCGGCCCGGAUUGCCGCGAGGCGAGGCAAUGUGUGAUAAUAGCCUGGACUGAUUCGCAGAAGCAGCAGGGGGGAGACCGAGGGGGGAUACUGGGUCGAACACUGCUGAGGUUCUCGGGACGUAAACGCCUUGCUAUAGGAGUAGUAGGGAGGAAGCCGAGACGGGUAGUGCAUGGUCACUCAAAACCAGACCCGCUGCACUAUCGUGGUCAAGAAAGACUGGGUGUGGUCAGUCGAGGUAGACGCCGGAGGCCAUUCCCUUUCUUUGACCGCCUGUAGAUAUUUCCAAGAAGAUCAGGCCUCACCGUGGGACGCGCACACACGUCGUAAGUAUGCAGGUAUUUCAAUGUCUACCUUGUGAUAAUUUAUUCCUACUCACCAGAUCAGUUUACCCAAUACCUCCUAGUAGAAGUCAUGUAUACCUCUUAGGUUUGACAUGUUGGUUACUACAUUGAGAACUUGUGAAUAUUCGGCCGAAAAUCUAUAUACGUUAUAUUGUUAUAAGGGUUCAGAAGUUGUCUUUUUUUUUGUAAGUUUAGUUAUGGGUUUUGCAAUCAUCCAUCUCGUAAAAGCAGUUGUACUGAUAUUUCGUUGGGUAUCUUGUAAGAGCUAGACUUGGCAGGAGCUGUCCAAUUACCCAGUUUGUAAUUAGCACCAAAUAUCCACUAAAUUUAUAUCUGAACAUGGAGAGGCCUAAUUGGGAUUCUAGAACUGGAGGGGUCACAUGAAUGCCAUUUAUCUCCAUUUAGAGAUGCAAAACUUUACCUGUGUAUUAUGAAAUAUCAUACUGGUGCAUAAAAUAAAAUGAAUGUUUGAACAUGUUACCAGUAUUUUUCUCAGUUUGCACAUUUUUUAAAACCAAAUUUUCAAACUGCAAUUACAAACUGGCCUAUUAUAGGAUGUGUACUGAUAAGGUACUUGUAGACAGAAUGAAUAUUCUUUCAUGUGGAAUGCACAAAAGAAUAAGAAAAGAAGAUGCCAACAAUUAAUGAUGAACUUACAAAAAUGGUUGCAAACUAAUGAUGAAAUACAAUUAAAAAAAUAUCAAAUUUAAAAAGAGAAGUAAAAUGAAAAAUAAAAUAAAAUGGACAAAUAAUUACAUUGAAUAGUAUACAUUCUUUUUAUUAAAAAAGGUUUAGAAAUGAAGUUUAAAAGUGUAUGUGUGUUCUGUUCAAAGUCGAGAUGAGUUACAAGGGAAACCAGUGAACCACUAUAAUCGUUUAUAAGCAUCAGUGAUCAUAAAUUUCUUGGUAAAGUUUUACAGUCCCUUAAAAGAAACAACUCAAAUCUCAUCUUCUCCCAUUUGCAAUUUCUUUUAUUCAAUCCUAUUUUCGUAUACAUUAUAUCCAUGUUAUGCAUAUAUAGGUUCUACUCAUAUAAAGCAAAUCCCCUUUUGUUUCUCUAUUUGUCAUGGAUUAUUCUCAAUUCUAUCUUUUAAAGGAGUGCAUAUUCCUGACAUGUUUAUGUUACCAAUUCAAAGAAGAACCACAAAAUCACAUAUGAAGAAAAAAAUCUAAGUCACCUCACACCUUUAUGUGGCUGGGGUCAAAUGAGUUGUCCAUUUGAAGUUGAAAAUGGCUGGUAUUUUUGUAUUAAUUUAGUUUAUUAUUCAUAUUUACCAGAGGACAUACUAAGCAUUAUAUCAGACAAAAAAAA